UGCGCGCUCCCGCGGUCAAGUGUAUGUGCACUGGAUUAAAGGUUCGACACACACCGAGUGAAGAUGGCGAUGAGAACAGCGCUGUGGUGCCUCUCUGCAAACUUUUCGCCCAGAUUGCCUUUACUCUCGUCUGCAGCGCAGGUUUCAGCGACUCGGCUGCUGUGGAGGACCGGUUCUCCGCGGACACUGAGCACCACCUCGGUCCUGUCCACAGCCCUCAAGUUCACAGAUAAGCAUGAGUGGGUGCGAGUAGAGGGUGGAAUUGGCACAGUUGGUAUCAGCAAUUAUGCUCAGGAAGCAUUAGGUGAUGUGGUGUACUGUGGACUCCCUGAAGUUGGCCAAAGUCUUGAACAAAUGGAGGAGUUCGGUGCUUUGGAAAGUGUAAAGGCUGCCAGUGAGCUAUACUCACCUCUGACAGGAGAAGUAACUGAAAUCAACACAGAACUGGCAGAGAAUCCUGGGCUUGUGAAUAAAGCCUGCUAUGCAGAGGGGUGGCUAAUCAAGAUGACGAUCGAAAAGCCUGAAGAACUGGAUAGCCUCAUGGAUCAAGCUGCGUAUGAUAAAUUUCUUAAGUCACUUGAAGAAUAAAUCAGUAAACUCACUGUGCUGUUUUGUAAUGCAAUUUCAAUCAAAGAUUAGUAGGCUGGGUUACUAACAUCUUGUGUGACACUCUUCUUCAUCUGUGGUAUUUAUUUUGAUACUGGAAUCAAAAUAAUUUUAAAUACUCCCUAACAACUUCCACUUAGAAGGUUAUGAUUUGUUUUAACCACUAGCCAGACCUAAAGGGCUCUUAAUAUCAUGAUCAGUCUGUAUUACUGGGUCUUAUUUCUGGUGCUUUGCUCCAGUUUUAAAUGUACACAGAUGUGGUAAAAGACUGGAAAGUGAUUGUAAGUGCUGUGUCACAUUCAUUAAAUAAAACAUCAACUUAAAA